UAUCAGAUUAAAUUGGUCGGGUUAUAAUGGUCGUUGAAUCAGUAUUUAACCAUUUGCUUGCUGAACUUGAUGACAAAUUUACCGGUUUGGAUCAGUGUAUCAGGAAAUUGCAUGAGAUCGUUAAACAAUUCGUGAAAAGCAGAAAGGGUAGUUCGGCAGUUGUUAUCGGACCCAAAUCAUCUGGCAAACGUUCAGUUAUAUCAAAGGUUGUAAUGGAUUAUGCGGAUGAUAUGGAAAUAGUUUUUAUUGAUGGAUUGAUUCUAAAAAAUGAUACUGAUGCAUUAAAAAUAUGCAGCACAUCUGAAUCCAAUUCGGGGCAACUACAGUUUGUUAUCGUGUUCAACUUUGAUCAGUAUGUAACGCGAGGACGACAAACUCUCCUUUAUACACUUCUGAAUGCAUCACGUUCUGGACCUGUUUUUGUGCUCUGUGUUAGCUCUCAUCAGGACUGUACCGAAUUAUUGGAGAAGCGUGUGCGUUCACGUCUUUCCAAUGUGUUCAUAUCGUUUGCGCAGUCAUCUAUAUCAUUUGAUGAUUUUACAAAGGCAUUUGCCACGUUUCUACAUACUAACGUAAAAGAAUACCAACAGAAUAAUAAUCUUAUUCAGGCAUUCAUUGCUAAUGAGUGUGUAGAGCGUAAACUGCGUCAAAUAUACGAUGAAACACGGAGUUAUUGCAUUCUAAAACAGAUCACUGCUACUUUUCUGUGUUUUAUGGACGCAGAGCAUAUCGAAAGUCUAGCAAGUCCUCACGCUUCGCGAAUAUUUAUUGAAGCAAAAAAUGCUAUCAUUGCUAAUGAAGAUACGAUGAAAUCAAUCAUUUUAAGUUUGACAUUGCGACAACUGUGUCUUUUAUUAUGCUCCGUUCGUUUGGUGCAUUGUCAGCGACGACAGGAUUUCACAUUUCGUGAAAUUAUUCUCGAUUACCGCAAACUGGUCAACAAAUAUCUGCCAACGCUGAAUGUAAAAGACGAUUUGAUACUGCUGAAGGAACUAGAUACAUUGUGCAGUCUGACCGUGUUGGAAGAAAGAGAUCAAUGCGGACAGUUAUUGUUCAGGCGGACAUCUCUGCAGGUAGAUAUUGAUUUGGUGUUGAAUUGUGUAAAGGAAUUUACACCUCUUCCAACAGCUUUGUUACAUUGGAUAGAUGAUCUUGAGAAGUAGAAGAAUGAAUGGAUGGAUCGUAGGUAGUGUAACGCUUGGGUCUUCUACUACAUGGUUUUCUUCGAGUACGUAAUGCAAGAGUAUGUUAAAGAUUCUUGUUCCAUUUAUACCCGUUUACUGUUUAAUUUUAACAAAAAAG